AUGAUGCAAGCCUCGAAUAUCAAGUUCGACGUCAUCGGACUGGUCGAGCCGAGGAAGCGUUGCCCACUGCACGUUGUUUUCAGGACUGUACAAAUGCUGUUCGCUGAAACAUGCGGCAGCAGAACCGUCUGCGGUGAACGUGAAGAUGUGGCCGGUCUGGCUCGGGCAAUCGCCGUUGUGUACGCACCAACAUCAAAUUACUAA